CUUGUCAGGCAAGUUGACUUGUUCUUUUUUGUUUAUCUCUUGUUCGUGAUGUGUUUUCGUCAUUAAAUCUAUUCACUUAGCUCUUCUUAGCUCUUUAAAUAGAAUAAAAACAAUCUCUAAAACGUAAUCAAACAUUUCCACACGUAAUUUAACAAAAUUACAACCCAGUUUUAUUAUUAUAAGAUGGCAUCCGCAUCGAGUAGCAGUGCCCGCCACCUUUUCGGAGACAGCAAAAAGCGGUUGUGUGAACGGGUUAGUGUAAAUGUUAACAACAUUGGUUCGGUGGCGCGUCAAGUGGUAAGGGGAUCUAAAACAAAUGAGAUUUUAGCACAAAGUGCAAAAAGUUUAGCUCAAUCUGAAUCGACUAUGGACACAUGUGCACAGAAUUUACGUAAAAUGGAAUUAAUUCGACAGCAUGUCGGCUAUCAGUGUGACGCAAUCAAAGAUAGCGUUAAUCAGUUGGAUUAUUUGCAAGAGCAAGUUAGCGCAAUGGAGAGAUAAAUUAGAUCUAUUUUUUUUUUUUGUUUGUUUUAUAUUUCUUUAUUUUGUAUCUAAUUAUGUACUUGACUCAAAAAUUUCAAAGACUACAAGUUGAUUAUUAAACAAUGAUGAGAUGAUCUUUCAUCUUUAAC